UGCUGAAUUCUGUGGUUCCUGAGAAGACAAAUCAUUAAAAUUCGCCUUACACCCUCCACUUCUGCAUAUAAAAGGAGAGGGCAUUGCCGUCUCUCCGCACAUAUCACCAAGCUCCUUCUUCCCUCAAACUCUCAUUCCAUCAAACAUAUACCAUCCUUUAUUACUCGAUUUCCUCUGCUUCUUCACCCUCCACCGUUCUCUUUAGUGUUCCCCCUCUGUGUCUUCCAAAACUACUAGUAGGUGUUAAGAAAUGGCAUCAAGCUCAAUGUCAUCCUCAGGGUCAUGGUCUGCUAAGGAAAACAAAGCCUUUGAAAUGGCCCUGGCAGUUUAUGACAAGGACACCCCUGACCGUUGGUACAAUGUUGCCAAGGCUGUUGGUGGGAAAACUCCUGAGGAAGUGAAGAGACACUACGAUCUCCUUUUGGAUGACCUGAAGCGUAUCGAGUCUGGCCGUGUGGCCGUCCCUAAUUACAACAAAUCUGGAGGCUCUGACGAGGAAAAAAGGCUGAGGAGCUUGAAGCUCCAGUGAAUCCACUGGUGUCAACAACAAUAAAAGAUUUUGAACAUCUUGCAGCUUCACGUGGUAGUGCAUAUUGUUAUUUGAUUUAUGAGUUAGUGCAGUAGCAAUAGACUACUAGUCAUAAGGAUCUUGACUCAUGAUUCCACGUUGUAAUCUCAUGUCCCAGAAGCUACGAAGAAGAAUCUGCGAUUCUGUUUCAAUUCCUAGUAUGUUUCUCGUUUCAACCCAUAAUAAAGUCGUCAUUUCCGGUUGUUAUCUUUGUGUAUCAUAAGCCUUGGCUCGAGUAAUCAAAUCCUAGUCAUGGAACUUCCUAGUCA